AUGACGCAACUUUUGGACAGCAAUGAGCAUGCGCAAAUAAAUCCCGUGACUCGCUGGAAGGUUUUGGAAGGAAGGCAAAACGAGUUUGCAGGAACGUGCCUCAGAUUGAAGGGAUUUUUUCACCGCUUGCAGCCAGAACCAUACAUUAUGAACAGCGCACAGACUAACGUGUUGCCAUCUGGAUCUCGACCGAUUCCUUCUAGACGAAUUGUGGUUAACGAUCCGGGGCAAAUGCCUAUGGACUAUUCUACUACCCCGGGAGGAACCAUAUUCUCUACGACUCCAGGCGGUAUGUUGAACGUGUUUUGGGCUUAAAGUGUUUACUGUGAUAAAAGUAGUGGUUAAAAGCGUUAAGAAGCUAUUCACUUUGCUAUCUUAAGUUUUUUGUAAGCUUCAAGUCUUCGAGUACGUUGUGGCCCACCGGUUAAUUUACGCUUGCGUAGGCUAAACGAGGGGAACGUCGUGUUGAUUAUACACGUUCUCGUUUCGAGUAUAAUUUUAACCGAUCACAGGCAAAAUAAGCAAUCAUACUUUAUCGUAACCUGUGUUUCGACUGUUCAUCUUAAUAUUUUUGUGUUGCCUGUAAUGAAAACUCAUAUUGGUGGUCUUGUACAUUGUUUUGCUGUGAAAGUACAAAGCCUUGCUCAGCAAGUUUCGUUUUGUCCAGACGUGCAGUUAGCGAACUCUCGCAUCAAAUGUGGUUGAAUAUUACCUCUGUUUGCUCGUUUAUUUCAAUCCUUGGUGUUAAAACUAUCGUUUAUAGUUCGGUUGCAUUUCACUGUGCAUACAGUUACUUGAAAAAAGUACAAAUGUAGAUAUCGUUGUGAAGGCAUAGGCCUACAAACAAAGGCAAAGAUGUGUCGUCAUAGCUUUUUGGAGCUUGUGGAAAUAAUGUCGAUAGGAUAAAGCUUGUGCUUAAGGAAUUGCAGUGCAUUCCUGUUUAUCUCAAAGGGAGUCUACGAAUAAUCGUUGCAGUGGCUUGCUUUGAGGUUGAUAACUUUCGUAAAAAUUUCCAGUGUUUACGUUUGGUGUAUUGUUUUUGUGAUGGCGAUAUAAACAAUUCCCACGUGUUUUGGUUAUGGUCGAUGUGUUUUUAUUUUAUAUUCAAUUAAGUGAUGAGCUUUUUUCUAAAAUUGGUUCCAGACGCUGCACAUUUUUUGCGAUGAUUUUCUCAAGUGCAUCAAGUUAUUCUGAGAUUUCGUAUUUUGGUAGACUUCUUUAAUUUGCUGAUAAUGUGGGUAUUCCUUUAUAUGACAACAGUAAAAAAUAAACUAAGCUGACGUUUUGAAAUGUGCGUGAAGCUAUGUAUACUAAGCUGUAUUUUUAGCUUCUAAAUACACUGUUUUAUUGUGAGGUUCGUGAAACUCUUCUGAAAAAGAUUUACAUGUAAUGAGAUUUUAAUGGUAAUUUAAUUUUCAGAUCAUACUCUUAUCAGUAAGUUUUCCCCCUAAGUUAACCAUGCAGUGGUUUAACUCCAAAUUUUAUUGAAAUCAUGCAUUUAGCCAUUUACCUGCAGUGAAAAAUGUACAUGUACCUGUGAAUUGGCUUGGGUUAUUCAAGGAAAUCUCUGUAAUCAAAGUUAGGAAAUUAUUGUUAUUGUAGGUCAGUGGCACUCGAAAUCUAUGACCUAAGACCGUGAAAAAAAAUCAAAGGCUCCUAGGAGCGAGCUCAUGGAUGAAUUGAAUUAGUGUAGAAAAGACAGUUCAAUAAUCAAAGAAAAACACAUAAAUCUUUUUGAACGCUUCAUUGUGUACGGACUUGCCAAAAUACAGCGUGACUUGAACUAUCCGAUUGCAUGUGCACCUGAAUAUUCUAAAAACUUGUUAUCAGUACAGCAUUUCUACUUACAAAGCAAAGGUCACUUUUGCAAGCAAUUAUUAAUGCUUUUUAGUUGUAAAAUAAUUUGCUUUCUCAUGUGACUGUCAAACACUUUCCGAACGACAGUGCAAUUUCUUGUAAAAUAGCCAAGUUUUACAUACAUGAGUUUUAUUUAAACCGUGGUUUUAAAAGUGCGAUGCUUUCAAAGAAAUGUUUCCAUAUGAUGAGUAUGUAACGGUUAGUUUAUGCAGUACGAGCUAUAUUAAAUACAGAAUACAGGCGUUUAUGGCUAAAUGAACUGCUUUAGAAUGCGCUUUUGAUAAACACGAGCUAAAAAUUAUUUUAAUAAAACGACGUGCUCUGACCUACAAUUGUAGCCAAGUAAUUUAAACGCAGUCGAAGUAUGCGAUUGCCUUUCGCCAGAGACUUGUUUAUACCAGCGCAGCAUUUCUUGUAGAAAUUACAUUCAUAGCACACUGCUAAAUGGAAUCACCGACAAACAAAAGCCUACUUUAAGGCAAAGACCACCUAAGAAUUCAAGCAAAAUAGCGUAACGCUUGUUGGUUCUAAAACCUGUGCUUCUAGUUGACACAACAUAAAUUCAUUCCCUGUUUGCAUACCAAGACAAUUGGUCGAAUGGAUUCGUCGAAAUAACUGAAUAAACCUCAAUAGAUACUCCUCAAUGUCGCUUUAACAACUCGAGGACCGUUUUUUUGCAGUGAUUAUAAGGCUCUUUGGCUUAUUUGCUUUUCGCUGAACGAAAUCCCAUUGUCAGGCUGCAAGAGCUCUUUCACACUCCUGUUGAUCCCAUCUUCUCCAUAUCAAGUAUAAUAUCGGGAACAAAUGAGCACAAUUCGUCCAAAUAUACAACAAUGAUCCACGCUCAAUUAUUUCAAUGUCCUUUUAACAAUUCUAAGUCCAUUUCUUGUGGAUGAUCUUACCAGUGUUCUUUAGAAUAUUUCCAUUUAUACAAAACCCAUCUCUAUUAUUGAUGUGUCGCGAAAAAAAUUUGCCUUACUAGUACCCUCUAGAAUAUUUCAAACAUAUACGUAAAAGGCACUUGGAAUAAAAGUAAUACUAAGUAAGGUAGGUAGGCAAUCUGACUUUAAUGAAUAAAUUAAUGAGAAUCGAGUGAGUGAGUGAGUGGGUGAGUGAUCGAGUGCCAUUCGAGUGCCUCCAAAAGCCCAUGGCAUGACUACGUCAUCCAUGAGCUAAAAACUGUGUGAAAACAGCAUCUCCUUACAAGCUGCUUAAGUUGCGUUUGUAAUCAAAGGUGGAAUAAAAAUAAUAAAGUCAAACUAGGUCAGUUUUAGCCAUUUUGAAAAACUGAAAUCUACCACACCACAUGCACAAAAGGUUGGCAAAGCCAGAGGUACAUACAUGUAAUGCUUCAGCCGGAUCACCGUUGAUAUCGAAGCAACCUUUAGUAAAGGGAGAGUAUGGUAAUAUUAGAAUCGAAAUGGUUCAUGGAUUGUGGUUUUAAUUCUGAACGUUUUUAUGGGGAUAACUGGUUACGAGGCUAAUUGACGAUGAGCUUUUAUGAAUUUUACUCUCACGUGGUGAAGUAGUUUGGGGCAGACUUGUUACGGGCAAAACCACUGGCUUCCACUCAUUUAAGUGCAAUGAUUUUCACAAAUUUACCAAGUUAUUGUGACCUUUAAUCUCUUUAUGUCAACCCUGAAUUGUUUUGUCUUGCAUACCAACAAACAAAAUACUCUUAACCUCUUUACCACUAUGUGCUGGUUUUCUGGGGAAAUCAAAAAGUGUGUGCAACAGUGCACACCAGUUUUCCAGCAAAACAAAGCGGCUCUGUUUCUUAAGGAAUUACUGGGCCUUACUUUCUAUUUAUGGAAAGCCAAUUUAUGCAAGUAACAAAUUUAACAUUGUGCGGUAAGAUGUGCAACAUUUUUGCUGGUUUUGGGAAUAUUUUCAGUCAUUGUUUUGGUUCUUUGGUUAUUGUAGAAUUCCCAUUGUAAUGAUGUACUUCUUAAAUAACUGCAUGGUUUGCAGUACGUGCAAGUUCCAUACCUUAUAUGCUAGUUUUUUUCUGAAAAAUUGCCCUUUUUAAAACUGCCAGUGUCCUAGGCACUUUGUCUUCAGAGCAGCUGGUGUUAGUCUGAAACUAAGUUGAGUAUUAUUCUAGGCAAAAUAUGCUGUGUAGAAAUCACAUUGACCUUUCGUGUUGUACCAUGCAACAUGCUGGAAAUUAGGUACAUAUUUAACCUUUUAUUUUGCCCUUUUGGAAGGUCUGUCUUUAAGAAUGUAAAUGAUGGAAACUGUGGUCAAUUCUUUUUUUAAAAUUACACUGAAAGUUGAGAACAUCUACGGUUUAUUUCCAGUAAAGUUUCUUGGAAGGAAGAGAGAAAAUAGUGCCCUUGAGGUACUUUUUCCUCCACAUGUAUCCAAUUGCUUUUGUAACCAUUGCAUGUAGCUCUUGACCUAUGAGUACUGAUGGAUUUUUGUACAUUGACUGAUGUAAAACUAAAACCCCUCUGGAUUUACGUUUGCAAUUUAUUUAAUGAUCAUCUUUGUUUGUCUCACUUUAUAGGAACGCGCAUUAUAUAUGAGCGCAAGUUUCUUCUGGAUUUACGUAACUCGCCACUGUCCCGUACUCCUCCACGGAAUCUUCCGCUUAUUCCAGGUGUUACUUGCGAUGAAAAGGUAAAACCUGAGAGCCCUUUGAAGGACAAUGGUGUGGUCACCACAGAACCAGAGAAUGACAAAAAUGACCAUGGUAAGAAGCUAAGUUGAAUGUACAGCUGUAGCUGGUAGUAAGGGAAGAGUUUUUUGCUUUACAUAAAGGCAUCUUUCCGUAUUUUGACCCUAGCAAAUUGCAAGAAAAUCAAAUUUAUAUUUUGGGUAGAAUCUCAAGAAAUAAGUAUGCUGUACAUGUAGUAGUAUGUAAGUCUAUUGCCAAAGAGGCUUGUAGGGUUUUGUCCACAGGGAUAAUGAAAGGUGGCAGAUAAUUUUGCCAUGACUUGGUACAGGAGUGAAGGAAUAUUAAGCGACGUUUUAUUUAAUUUUUAAACAAUACAUAACAAACUUUGACUCUUGGUGACUUCUGCACAGGCUGACAAAUCAUUGGUCACUACAGUGACUGCUGUUGAGGGCUACAGCAUUUCUAUGAAAUUUAAACAACCACUACUUAACAUUAAAUUGGGCUGUCACUAAGAUUUCUAGUUGUAGUAGUAGUAGGUGGGGCUCUAUAAUAAAUAAAUUUUAUCUUCUAUUUUCACAUGAAAGUAGCUGGGUCAUGUCCAUGCAUGUGCAGUGUAGUAGCCAGGGGAAAUCUCCGGUCCUCAGCCCUUACUGAGGGUCCUGAUGAAAUAAUGCUGUUAUAAAUAGGCAAUAUUACAUGGCCGCGCGAAGAUACGAAAUUUCUCUUCGAGUGUUGAAAAAUAUUUUCCGAGUGAGCGCAGUACAUUACACUUUGAGUGCCUUGAUAAAGACCAGUAGGGAAAUAUCUAUCAAAUGAUGCUACUGGAAAAAGUGCUGUAAAAUAAUUAUUUAUUAUUUCAGUUACCAAGUUUAAAGGUGAUAUGUCCAAAGAGGGCAAAGAUAUUGCUCAUUAAGGCGCACAAUUUUACUUUUCUUUGUAUGGUGGGGUGGACAAACUUUCACCCCAUCAUAUAAACAUCUGUAAAAUUUAGUGACAUGCAGAGCUAUGUCUUCUUAAUUUCACUGAUAAAAUUAUUCUUGAACAUGUACGUCUACAUCUGCCUUGUGUCCAUAAUAUUUGUCUACAACUUGUUUAUUAUUGUUUAUUUUGUUAUUUUCUUUCACCAGCAGAACAGGAAGAACCACAAUUUGAGAUGGACAUCUGA